CCCGAUGCACACCCAGCUCCCAGUGCACAUCCCCUCGGAAGAACCGCUCACGCGCUCUCAGCUCGAGGCGCUCGCAUACGCGCAAAUCCAGAACCAAGCCCGCAGCCGCAACAUAGCGAAGCGCAAGCGGCCCAAAGCCGAGUUGAUCGAGGACAUAUUGCUCGCGGACCCGCCUCCCCACAUCGCUGUCAAUCUCAAUCCCAAUAUUAAUGCAAGCGCGGGCGCGCGGUCGCUGCACGUCGUGCACUCUGCGCACUCGUUCGCCGCCUCCGAUCGCGCGCACUACGACGCAGAACGCGGGACAGGCUCGCGCCAGUCCACCCGCCCUCCCGAGAUCCAGGGCGCCGUCGAAGAGGAAGAGGACACGCCGUACAUGCCGCCGAAGGCGCCCGGGGGGCGCGCUAAUAGAGACCCCACACCGUCGCCGUACGAACAGUACAAACAGACGUACGGACACUCGCCUACGUGUUUUCGCCCGCCGGCAUUACCCCUGCCGGUGCUGGUAUCGGCGAACCCGCCUCCAGCAACCGUCGCGCGCUCCGAACCAUCGCACGAGCGCGCCUCUCGGCGCUCUUCACAUGCGCGCGCGCCCAGCUCGAACGGACGCGCGGGCUCAGUAUCUUCUGGCCGCGCCCACGCCAGCUCUUCCUCCCAACUGCGCUCCCAUCCCCAUCCCCAUCCCCGUUCUCAUUUGCGCCACUCUCAAUCCCGACCCCAAUUUCGCUCUCCAUCCCCACCAUAUCACACUCGCUCCCACAGCCCAACGCCCCCUCCGCACCAGCGCAUCCUCGCGCUGCACGAAGCCAACGCGGUCAUCCACGAGGCGCUCUGGAAGACGCACGUUCUUCUCGAGGAGCAGGCUGCGCGUCUCGAUGCUAUCUCUAACGGCGGCGGCGGCGGCGGCAGUGGCGUUGGCAACAACGGUGACAGCGGUGGUGCUAGUGGUGGUGGUGGUGGCAAUGGCGGGAACGGUGGCAACGGUGGCAGUGGCAGCGGGUGGGCAGCGAUAGGGGAGAUGCACGAGCUGCGGCUGAGCAGCGAGAUGCAGCUGGGCGCGAUGAGCCAGCGCGCGGUGGAGCGGCAGAAGGAUGAGAGGUGGAAGCGGGUGCCGUAUGAUGAGAUGCAUGCGGGGGACGAGGGCGAGGGUGAGGAAGGAGAUGAGGAGGGUGAGGAGGGUGAGGAGGGUGAGGAUGACGAGGAAGGAGACAGUGAGCAAGGCGACGGCGGUGGGGAUCAAGGGGACGACGACGACAACGACGGUGCAAGCGGCACAAAGCCACACUCCCAGCCGACGUCCAACCCCCGCCACCCCAACCCCACCACCUUCGCGCCCCCGCCCCAGACGCACAGCAUCCCCCCGCAAGAAAACCCCAGCCCCGAGCUCGAGUACCUAGACGACGCCGGAACAGUCCUGCGCGAGUUCACGCCGCUCCUGUCUGCACGGACCGUCGGUCCCCUCCAGCACCAGCACCAGAACCGGCACUGCUACAUCCACGCGCAGCCCCACGCGCAACAGCAGCCGCUGGGGCAAUCAGAGGAUCCUUAUGCAGGUAUACCGGUAGGCUCGGUGCCGUGGCCGGUAAGAAAUCCUACCGAGGAGGAGCUCGAUGCCGCCGAGGACGAGGACGACGAUGAUGAUGACGAUGACGAUAUCUUUGGUGGCGACGAUGUCUUUGGCGGAGACGACGAAGACGAUGACGAUGUCUUUGGUGAUGGGGGCGAGGUGGUGGUGCCGUGGAGAGGGGAUAACCCGGCGUUCUGGGAGAGCGCGUCUGGCGCUGGCCGGGUGGGCAAGGGCGCGGAAAACGACAAGAGCGAGGACGAAGACGAGAAGAGGGACAGGAGCGGGAACGCAGAUGCUCAUGCGCGCAGCCACGCUACCGGACAGGACCAAGUCGCGCGGCCGGCGUCCACGACGGCGAGUAAUCAGGCCCAAGCUUUGAACGACUCACCGAUGUACGAGCCGCUCUCGCCUACACCCGCCCAGCUUGCGCAAGCGCCGGACCCUCAACGUCCGAGCCCGAGCUUCAGCCCCGGCGCAGACGACGGCACUUUCGACUUCGACGACCCGUUUGACGGCGUGGACGCGUUCGAGGGCACACCCACGCCGCCGGCAGAGGCCGCCGCUGCAACCGCUGCUGCGCUGUCUGCUCAUUCUCGCACGCACGCGGACACAGACGCGGGUGGGGGAGCCAGUGCGAGCGAGGCAGAGGUUGAGGACGGGCUGGCGUCGUCGUCGCCGCCCCUUCCCGCUGCUGCUGCUCAUGUCGCUCCUCCCUCUGCAUCCGCGUCCACUUGGUCCACCCCCUCCUCUGCACACACGUACACGGCCGCCGACUGGGGGCGCGAGCCGCGCGAUGCCCAUGCUGCUGUUACCAACAGGGCGCUUAAACGGACGCGGGACUCGAGCGAGCCGGAGGACGGGCCUAGUUCUGCGAAGAGGAUGCGGUGGUGAUAUUUUCCCCCACUUUUACUUACGCUUGGGAAUUUUGUUUGUUAGUGACGAUCGAUACCCCUGUGACGUAGAGUGUUGUGUUUUGACGUAUGUAUUCGGGGGGCGGAAGUAAAAUUGCG